AUGUUUGGCGUCUCGAACUGGCUCAUCGCGGCCUCCGUGGCUCUCGCUACGGCGGUUUAUUGGCUGUCCAAAGCCGUUCAUAUGCGUCUGCGCUUCAGAGGGCUGCCUCAACCACCGAAGCACUCUUGGAUCUGGGCUCAUACAACUAUCUGGGAAGAGACUGCCGCCAAGCUACCACUGUUCACUCAUCCUCAACAUGUCUACACCUAUAUGGCUCAGAAGUACAACCUUGGCGGUAUUUUCUAUGUCGACAUGUGGCCUUUCGUCGAGUCGCAGGUUGUCAUCACCGACCCUGACGCCGCCCAGCUCGUCCUGACGACAAACCCCUACCCCAAGCACCCGACCAUUGAGAAGUUCCUUCGACCUUUCACCGGCCCGGACAGCAUCGCCGCUUCUAACGGUGAAAGGUGGAAGUACAACCACCGCAUGGUCGGUUCCGGUUUCACCCCCACCUACGUGAAGCCAAUGGCUGGCAUGAUCGCCGAACAGGUGCUCAUCUUCCACGAGCGCCUGCGCGGGUUUGCCGAGAAGAACGAACCGUUCAAUAUGGAGGAAGAAGCGGCCAAGACAAUCUUUGACGUUGUCGGAAAAGUUGUUUUCGGGUUCUCCUUGGAGGCGCAGACCACUGGUUCUCCUCUCUUGGAAGAUUUAAGAGCAUCAAUUAACCCCGCUACGACCUUUAUCAGCACAUGGAACCCAUGGACGAAACGCAAGGCUGAAAAGGGCUUACAAGCGCUCAAGGACCGCGUGAGGAAGACCUUGGCAGACGAGAUGAAAGAACGCUUGAGGAUUUUACAAGAUGAGAAGGAGUUGCCGAGUAGGCGGCAGGUUAAGAGUGUUUUGGACAGGAUUGUGCUUGACAGAAUCCAAAGCGGCCCUGGAGCGACGCUUGAUGAUGCCUUCAUUGACACCGCCGUUACGAAUCUCAAGGCCCUCCUGCUCGGAGGUCACGGUACCACGACUGAUACCUUUACCUGGAUAACAAUGUUCUUAUCCCUUUACCCCGACAUUGUCGAUCGUCUUCGCAAGGAACAUGAUGCUCACUUCUCCCCGGACCUCGAUGCCACCGUUGAGAUGCUCGUCGCGAAUCCGAACAAGACGAAUGAUAUGGAAUUCACCAAUGCCGUCAUCAAAGAAACACUUCGCUUCUUUCCUAUCGGCUUUACCAUUCGACAAGCCCCCAAAGGUGUCACUCACCUGGAUUGGAACGGUCGGCAUUGGCCCGUUAAGAAUGUCAUGGUGAUCCCCUGCGCACACUCGACGCACAUGGACCCUAAGGUGUGGGGCGAGGAUUCAAAGAGUUUCCGACCUGAUAGAUUCCUUGGGGAGGAGGCCAAGGAUAUGCAUCGCUUUGCGUGGAGGCCAUUCGAGCGUGGACCUCGAGCUUGCAUUGCUCAAGAUCUUGCCAUGGAUGAGCUGCGCAUCUUGUUGUUGUUGACAGUGCGAUGGUUCGACUUUGAGACUUUGGUCAAUGGCACGUCGGAGAGAGUCAUGUACAUGGACCUCGAUAACAAAGUCGGCGAUCUUGCAUUCCAAAUGGUUGGCAUGGAGGCCCGUCCAAGACAUGAUAUGAAAAUGAAGGUCAAGGUGCACGAAAGAAAGUAA